AUGUUAGAUGUUUUAUACAACGUGGUAGCUCAAACCAAUUCAUCAAUUACAAAUGUAAUCAAUGCAAACGUAAAUCCCUCUACAAUGGGAAAGUGGAGAGAAAUUGGAAACACUACAGUAGCGGCCAUGCAUAUUGUUUUAGUUCGGCCCACAAAAAUUCUUAUCAUUGAUAGAGCUGAAAAGAAUCCCGCAAUGUAUCCUGAUGGACGUUAUGCAUACACGUCAGAAUAUGAUUUAACUACAGGCCGGAGUCGCACUCUUAAUUUAAAAACAAAUACUUUCUGUUCUGCUGGGUCUUUCUUCGGAAAUGGCACAUUAAUUGACUCUGGUGGUGCUGAAAAUAUUUCUGGAGCACAAGCUGGUUUCCAAUCUGUUCGAUUAUUCAACUCAUGUGAUGAUGGCAGUUGUGAUUGGUUGGAUUUCCCAGCAUAUUUGGAAACUGCAAGAUGGUAUAACACUAUGGUAACGCUUCCGGAUGGUAGAGUUUUUAAUAUUGGAGGAUCAAUAAAAGCAACAGGCGCUAAUGAUAACUUGGCCAACAAUCCUACGUAUGAGUUUUUUCCAAAAGAAUCUAAUAGUACGAAGUUUCAAUUUCUUGUAGAUACAUUGCCAUAUAAUCUAUAUCCUGCAGUAUUUGUGCUUCCCGGCCCACCAGAUCAAAAUUGGUUGUAUAUAUCAGCAAAUAAGAAAGCUAUAAUUUGGGAUUAUGUUACACAAGAAAUAGUCAGACACUUGCCAGAUAUUCCCGGCGGUCCACGCAUGUAUCCUAUUACUGGCACAAUAUUUCUUUUGCCAUUACACUAUGAAAAUAACUACGCUGCCGAGAUUGUCGCUUGCGGUGGAUCUACUGGCGUAACACCCGAAUCAAAAACCGAAAAAGAUUGCGCAAGACUUAAUUUAGCACGACCAAAUUCUAAUUGGACUUUAGAACCUUUUGGAGAUUUUGAUACAGGACGUUUAAUGGGUGAUUACAUUCAUAUGCCUGAUGGAAAAAUACUUAUUGUAAAUGGCGCUGGUAUGGGAUUCGCAGGUUGGGACACGGGUAACAUUACUAACAUACAACAUUCAGCAAGAUUGCCUCAAAAAAUACCAUUGCUUUACGAUCCUAAAGCACCUCUUGGACAUCGUUUCACUAGAAUGGCAGAAGCAAAAUAUGUUCGUGUUUAUCAUUCAACAGCCACUUUAAUUCCAGAUGGUACAGUUUUUGUCGCUGGCAGUAAUCCAAAUGCACUGGUUUGUGAUACCUGUGAAUACCCUACAGAAUAUCGCAUAGAAAUUUUUACACCUCCAUAUCUUUUAAAUGGUACACCCCGACCUAUCAUUAGGAGUAUCGCGGGUACGACAGCCUUCAACUCCAUAAUACCUAUCCAAACGACAUAUGGAGAGAUAGUCACCAUAUCAAUUAAUCUGGAUGAUCCCAUUGCAAACAUUACUGCGGCUUUAAUUCAUCAUGGUUUUGUUACACAUUCGCAACACAUGUCUGCACGAUAUGUAAGUUUACGAAUUAAAAAGCAAGUACCAAUCCCAUCAGGAUACGCUGUUGAUGUCAUUUUACCACCUCAUCAUAACAUCAUGCCACCGGGACGGCAUACUUAUAUUUAUAUCUUGAAUAAGGGAACGCCGGCAAAUACUGCCAUUGAAAUUAAUCUUGAGCGAUCUUAA